AUGGCUUCCUUCACAACCCCUCCCCCACAGUCUCCAGUAUACCUCCUGUCUUAUCCCGCGCCCAGGGUGCUUCUUGUUACCAUUAACCGUGCUAGGUACAUGAAUUCUAUUCCUUUCCAGGGACACUGGGAUUUGCACACGAUCUGGCAGUGGUUCGACGAUGAGCCCACAUUACAAGUUGGAAUCGUGACCGGGGUUGGCGACAAAGCCUUCUGCGCUGGCCAGGACCUUCUUGAGCUCGAAAGAAACAGCAAAAACCCGCCAGCGCAGGAAUACCUAAAGGGACAUCCACCGUCCGGGUUUGCUGGUAUCAGCCAGCGGAAGGGUAAGAAGCCCAUAAUCGCUGCUGUCAAUGGUUUCGCAUUCGGAGGCGGCUUCGAAAUAUGCUUGAAUUGUGACAUUGUUGUUGCCUCGCCUCGCGCCAAGUUUGCUCUCCCAGAGGCAAACCGCGGUGUGUAUGCAGCCGCAGGUGGCUUACCUCGCGUCGUUCGCAUCGCCGGACUACAAAUUGCCUCCGAAAUCGCACUGACGGGCAGAUCUAUAUCCGCCCAGGAAGCGAAAGCAUGGCAACUUAUCAACCGCAUUUCCGAAACUCAUGAAUCGCUCAUGGAUGAGGCAUUGUCGCUAGCGAAGGAUAUUUCUAGUCUUAGUCCCGAUGCGAUUAUUGUAACUCGGGCCGGUUUGAGAGAGGCGUGGGAGGUUGGAGAUGUGUCAAAGGCGGUUCUCAACACCCACGUGAGAUAUUCGAAGAAUUUGUAUGAGGGUCAAAACCUACGUGAAGGUCUUGCUGCAUUCCGGGAGAAGAGACAACCUAACUGGGUCAAGCCAAAUCUUUGA